GUUUACUUUUAAUUUAUAUCUGUUCGUAUUUCUGAUUCGAUGUUCCGAAACGUCAUCAUCUGCAGAUUAUGGUAUCUUCAAGGAAGAAUAUAUAAAUCCAAAGAGUGUGGAUCACACAAAGCUCUCAGGGCGAUGGUAUGAUCACAUGGACACCUUGAAUAUCACCAUCAGAGAUAACACCUUUGUAGAUUAUGUGGUUCUUUGCGAUGGAAGAAUUAGAUCAGUUCAGAUCCUUAAUCGUUGGAUUUCGUCUCUGGAAGAGUGUCGGACAACAGCGGUAGUAUUUCAACCCAAAAAGUCAGAUUCACCCGAGGGUUUAAUUACCUGGAUGUCCACAAAUGAGACUUUAGGGAGGAACACGUUUCAAUAUGUUGAUCCUCAUCCAACGGAGGGAUUUAUUGUCAUGCAUCGACAGACACAUUUCACUGACAGCUACGUCAUCUCAUGUCGCCAGAGGGAACCGCGUAACCUUGUCAAAGUUAUCAAACAGGUUCUCUUAGCUCUUCAUCUGGAUAUUGGGGAGUUUUAUGUCAACCCAAAGGACUUCGGUUGCGAAAGGCGAGAAGAAAAUGGAAUUAAGCUGUAAAAACAAAACUGAAGUCAACUUGAGUGUACGAAAGCA